AUGAAAAGCGCCGAAGAAAGGACGCAGUUCAAGGCUCAUUUUUACAAACUAGGUCAAGGUAGGCUCAUACCGUUUGACGACCUGUACUGGCUACGGUUUGAAACUGAUCCUGAUUGCACAAAUGAUGUGUUUGAGGUGUUAUCUGCGGCUGAUGUGCGGUCCAUUAGAGACCAAAACCUUCCAAAUUUCGCCCUAUUGAUCCAUAGACUCUCUCUUCUGGUGGUUUCCCGGUCUGCUACCUUGAACCAUCGUGAAUUGCUUAACCUGAUGCGUGUUCUUACAAAGAUUCUCCCCAUCUUUUUCGAAUUGGGUCCAAUUGUGGAACUGAAACUAUUUUGGAGUCGAGCUGGUUUUGACCCAUUGGCUUUUACAGAGGGGAAUAGGGAUGUUUCUAAUAAUCAACUGUUGGGAAAUGUCCCACCAUUGGGGGCAGAAUUGUUGAAAAGACUUGUAUCUUUACUAUUCACCAAAGGAUUCACUUUAUCUGAAACAGAUACUUUAAGGUUAUGGGAGCCAGGUGUGGCAUCCAUGAACUCCGUUCCACGCUUUGAACCAGUGAGUGCAGCGUUGGAUUCUAAUAGAACUGAAACUCUCCGCUUACUUCUUACUUUAUUCUCCACAAGUUUCUAUCUGCUGCCCUCCACCAUUGUCACCAGGGGGAAUCAAUUUUUAACCGUGUUGGUCACAACCACAUCACGCAUGGAGCUCCUCACAUUGGUAUGUUCACUAUUGAAUUUGGUAUGUAGAUCAUCCAACCCGAGCUCUUCGCAAGCUUCAGGAUUAAAUUCCCCCAAUGGACCAUUGAAUGAAUUAAGACACCUCUGUGUGACUUACUCUGCACAAUUACUCACCACAUUGAUCGUUUACCCACUUCCUUCUGUUGAGGGGCUCCAAUUUCUAUUUGAUCUUGAAUUAUUGGAUAAAGAAGAACUGUCGCCAUCAUCGCUUCGUAAUAUGGCAAGAGUUUAUUUUGGAAAACUUCAUAAGGAGCAGGAAAUUAUCUACCUUGCCACCUCGCUCAUGGACAUCUUAAGGGCACCCAUGGAUGCUGUACGCGAUGCCCAGGAGUCAUACACUUUGUCACUGUUCACGGGUAGCCCACGCAGAACACCACCAUCCCCAUGGGUCACAAGUGCGACAAUGCUUCUAUGGGAACUUUUCCAAUGUAACAAAACAUUCCGGAAACUCAUGUAUGAACGAUAUGUUUCUGAAGUCGUGAUUCUACUUCUUUAUCAUGUUUACACGUAUCAUACCGUACUGAAUUUACGAAACUUUGUACGAAUUUGUACAUAUUUCAUCCUUUACAUCUCUUCUGAUCUUCAAUUGACAGAAAAGUUAUGUGUUGUUCCAUUUGAUGAACAAUUGUUGGAUGCUCUUCCUAAGCAUUUCAUAACCAGUAGUCAACCCACAACUGUCCGAGACUUGAUUGUUAUUCAUAGUUGUAAUUUAUUAUUCACUAUGACUGGUGGUGUUGUGGCACAGGCAACUGCAACAACAGCUGGUACACAACAGCCAACUACGAAUUCUCCCUCAUUCAAUUCGAAUCAACUUUCUGCAUUCUCAUCAUCUCCAAUUCCUCCGUCUUCUGCAUUCCAACCAAUAUUCCGUCCCACUGCGCGACCUACAUCUGAUGUUUUAAUUACCACGUUGGUUGAAAUUCUCUACAAUCUUAUCCCCGUCAUCAAUUCCACAGCAGCUAAUGAACCACCGGAUAUCCCUUCGAAGAAGAUUGGUAACUCAAACCCUUCAGGAGGCUUAUCAUAUGUUGCAUGUUCUCUGAUUACUCAAGUUAUUCAACGAUUUUCUGUGAGAUCUUUUCUACUUGAAAAAUCAUUCCAUGCAGAUCUUUUAGCUCUUAUCGUUCGUGCCGUAUGUACAGCAGUGGUAAAGCAUCCAAAGCCUUCUAGAAUGCUUCUAUUUAAUAUUCUCAAAAACGAAAAGGCUUACGAUCUUGUAUGGAACACUAUUUAUUCCUUUAAGACAGAAUUUUUCAGUGGGUCGACUCUUGUUCUUGGUUCCAUUAACGACGAGGAAUUAGCUUCUGAAACCAACUCUAUAAUUGACGAAUCUGGUGAUGAUUCAAGUAUACGAAGUCAAGGGAUGUACAUACAUACGUCAGAGAAAAACUCUAUGUCAAGUUUAGAUAGGAAGCUGAGUCUCAAUGAAGAGCCACAUGUUGAAGAAAUCAUCAAUGAAGAGGAUGAUUACUCAUCAAUUGAUAGUGCUCUCCGUCCAAAGCUUCCCACUGGGAUGUCACUGAGAGCUAAGGAGAAACUUCCACGAGAUGCUCCACUUAAACGUUCAUGGGGUGGCAAUGAUUCACUACGAAUUAUUCUCACAAUAAUACUUCCCCAUUUAAAACUUGCCUUGAAAGAAGUCUGGUCUGGUCGAGAAGGGUCGUCCAUUGAUACAUUCACAUUGAUCAAAUACAUUGAAAACACAGAUUUCGAUGCUCUCAUUGAGAAGAAUAAACGUCAAAUCAAUGGAGAUUUUCUUCCUACAGUUCCAAUUGAGACGCUCAAAUUUAUAUGGAGCCAUAUCUCUCUAGGGUGGUACCUUUCAUUGUUAUAUGGGGACAUGUAUAAUGCAGUGGACAAUGUUCGUGUUUACACGGGAAAUAAUAAUAAGUUUUUGAAAAAUAUCUCGACAUCCUUAGCCACAUUCAGCAAGCUCACAUCUGUGUGGGGAGGGGGCUCAAAAAAUCAAGCACAACAAAAUGGGGGACUUGAGUUGGAAACUAUUAUUGAAAUUUCUAAUAGAACUCUUACAACGGUCAACCAUUGGGCGAAUGCAUCUAUAGUACUCUUCAAGAUUCAACCAACUUCAGAAGGAUUCUUUGCCAAGAUUGGUGCUCAACUAGGCGGUCUGCAACAGGCCCAAGUUGCCAGCAUGCCUGGAACUCCUCGUGUUGGAAGUGUGGACAUGCCACACACCUUGACAAGAAGACUAAGUGACUUUAGAUUGAACAAUGGAAGUAGGACUAGUAUUUCAUCGUCGCUCGGGACCAAUGGUGGUGGCGGUGGCCCUGGAUCUGCAUUGAGCACUCCAAUUGAGGAGCAAACCGAAUAUUUCUCCAAACGAAGUUCUGUCACGUCCCUACAUUCCAUGAACAUGAUAAACAGAUCUCGUACAAAUACCCCACGUAACUCGAUAAGCAUUGAAGCAAGGGAGGAUUCCAAACAAAGUGACUUGCUCUAG